GCUCGCUCUUCAAUCACUUCUUCGUGAUCAUCCCAUUUCAAGAAGAACUUCGCAAUUACUUCUUCAAGUUUCAAAGAUGCGGCGAGGAUCCGUCAGCAGCUGGCAGUCCUAUGGACAGCGAAAUUAUCGUGUGGAUAAUUUUUUUUCAGCCGAUUGCAUGAUGGAAACGUAUUCCGGUAAUACCGCACUGGCUUCACCCACAGAGGAAAUUAUCCACCAACGGAAGGGCGGUUGGUUUUUAACAUACAAGAAAAUCAUUUCCUUUGUUGUCCUGUUUGUAAUUGUUAUCGUUGUUGCCGGUUUGAUCGGAUGGAACAUCGGCACGAUGCCUAAAACGAGAACAUACGAUCCAUUAGCUCUCAUUGAGGGCGAGACGGAGGAAAGCGACGUCGUCGUCGUCUCAAUGUCGCCUUUCGUUCAUCCCUUGAGAUAUGAUCUCGAAUUGACUCCGCCGAGCGACGUCAACGCGACGUUGAAUCUGAAAGGACGAGUCAUCAUCAAAUUUCGCGUCGAUGGCACACCAUCCUUAAGCAAAUUGUCUCUCAAUGCGAGGAACAUCACGGCAACGCGUUACAAGCUGUCGUUCAUAGAGGAGAACAAUGCGCGGGCAAAAAGAAGACGUAGGAGACGCGCCGAGGACAAUAAAGGCAAUCAGGAGGUCGUCGCAAACACCGGUAAUGUUACGACGACUUCUCUCGCAAACGUGACAUCUCCUCAAUUGGAAAAUCAGGAAACAACGCGCAACGAAGUUACCGAGUAUCCUUCAGGAAACGUGACCUUCUCCGGCAAUGAAACCUCUUCUGCGAAGAACGAGAGCACAUCCGUGACCAAUGGGCAAUCUAGGGAAGUCGCAAAUAUAACGACGUCUGAGUCGACGACGUCUGGACCAGAGACGGCAUCCACGAUAACUUCCGGUAACGAAAACGCAGGCGAGUUGGCGAUCCAGCGAUACGAAGAGGAUGCUAAUAACGGAUUACAUGUAAUACAUCCGGCCGUCGCUAUGAGUCCCGGAAUGUACAGCUUGGAGAUCGAUUACAAGAUUAUGCUCGACGGUAAGGCGAUUUACGCGGCAAGCUUCGGCGAUUCUGGCGAGGAAAGAUCGUUAAUCGGGACGCGAUUGAAACCUUUGGGAGCAUCACGUCUUCUGCCGGUUUUCGAUGACGUGAAUCUCAAAGCUAUCUUCUCGGUGUCCGUAGCACGUCCGCCCGGAGCGAGGGUCCUUUCGAACAUGCCUCUCAAUAUCUCGAGGAACACAUCGAACAAUCAGGUGAUUGACACUUUCAACGAUACCCCGUUGCUGUCACCUUACAAUUUGGCCUUCGUAAUGGGCGAGGUCGAGUCGUUAAGUAAAACAGAAGUGGAGCCCGAUAAAACGGCAGUAACUUUCUGGGGCGAUCCAAAGAGACGAUCACGAGGGAAAUACCUUUAUGACAAACUUAACCAAACUGUUACACAUUUAAACGACAUGUUUUCGUUGCCUUAUCCGCUCCCGAAAUUAGAUAUAAUCGCGUUACCGCCACGGAUCGUUGAUAACGCCGGAAGCUUGGGAUUAAUAUCGAUGAAGCAAUCGCUCUUCUACGCCGCGGAUCGAUCUCCCAUGGUCACGAAGACAGACGCGUUAAGCGCUCUGAUAAGCCUGAUAGGAGAACAAUGGUUGGGCGGUGUCGUGAACGUGAAGAACUGGACGGACGUUUGGCUCCUAGAAGGCUCCACACUUCAUUUGCGACAUGCAAUGAUUCAGAAGAUAGACUUGUCACUAGACUCCAAUCAUGCUUUCCUUGCCGACAUUCAAUGGGAUGCCAUGGAAGAAGAUGGUUACAGCGUUUCAAGACCGUUGCAAUCGAAUGUCAAUCCCGCUCAUCUGGAUUUCUCGGACGACAAUGGUCGACAUAAGAAAGGUGCAUGCUUGAUUCGCAUGUUGCACGGCGUGGUAAACGAUACCGUCUUUAGGAACGGCUACCAGAAAUUCGUAGCGAGGUGGAACUACUCGACAGUAAGCGUCGACGAUUUUUGGGAAGCGAUGGCGGAAGAAACCGUCGGUUUACCCCUAGAUAUUACUCUGGCCGAAGCGAUGAAUUCUUGGAUCUCGAAUCGUGGAUAUCCGAUCAUUAGAGUCACGAGAGACUACGAGGAGGGCACAGCUGUUGUUCGACAGCAAAGAUUUACAUACGAUCAAUCGUCAUCUGACACUCAACCGACGUGGUACGUACCGCUUGACUAUAUUAACAAAACGAGGAAUGAUUGGUCAUCUCCGACGAAGACGUGGUUACAUUACAAAGAGGAAACUGUGGUAGAUGAUGUUGGUGCUCAAGAUUCUUGGGUCGUGUUCAAUGUGAAUAGAACAGGUUAUUACCGUGUGCAUUAUGAUGAGGAAAAUUGGAAGCUCCUGGCGCAGGCCCUCGAGAAAGAUCACGAGGUCCUUCCGGCUGAAACCAGAGCAUCGCUUGUUGACGAUGUGCUCGGGCUCGCUGCGGUCGGCUUGACGAAAUACGCGACCGCUUUUGACUUUAUUAAAUAUAUGCAAAUGAAGGAACGACAUUACGCUCCUUGGAGCGUCGUGAUGCGUCAUCUGUUGAAAUUGAACGGUCUUCUUUAUGAAACGUCGAGCUUCAGUGUCUUUCAGGAGUUUACAUUGCAAUUCACAUCAAAGUUAUACUCAGACGUGGGAUGGAAGAUUGAUGAAGGAUCGGCGCUAACUUUGACUGCCCUUAAGAUAGCGUGCGCGUUCGAGAACGCUGAGUGUCUCGAAUGGGCCAAAAGUCAUUUUGCUAAAUUAAAGGAUCGUUCCGACGCGGACGAGGUCGUACCGGCGUACGCACGCGAAGUGCUAUAUUGUACGAUCGCGAGAUACGGCACGCGAAACGAAUGGAAUUACUUCGUUGAGAGAGCAAACUCUACAGCGGAUCGAGAAGAGAAAAAUCGUCUUUUAUCAGCACUCGCGUGCUUCCAGACGCCGUGGAUUCAAUCGCUACUUAGCGAGCUUCUCGAGGGAAAGAUCUAUAAUGAGGACGAGACGCAAAGGAUCUUAAGAAGUUUUCCGCAAAAUCCAGUUGCCGCGCAACUCGCCUACAAGUUUGUGCGAAAUAAUUGGCAGGCUAUCGUCACAAGAUUCUCGAAAUCUCGCCUGAUCUUGAAAGCUUUUGCGUUGGCAACCAUGAACGGUUUGAUCAGCAAAGAAGAUCUGGAUGACUUUCAGACCUUCAGCGAGGAUAAUCGCGAAAGCAUAAAAAUCGUAGGAUAUACCAUGGGGAUGGUCGAAGCUCAUGCUAAUUUCGCGCUAAAAUGGUUGACGGAAUCCUUGCCGGAAGUCCAGGAAUGGUUAACGGCGAACAAUUCCACGGAGGUACCGACAUGAAUAUUCGAGAAAUAUUCUUCCAGGUUGCAACAGGAUGAAGGGGUCACCAUUGUGCACGAUUAUCGAUUCACACUUUUGUGCACGACGUGUGCUCGCAUACGGAAAGAGAACUACGUGGACUUUUCUACGACAACAAGUUUUAUUUCUCCGUAUGCUUUUGUCAAGCAUGAUUACAAAACCAAGCAACAAGAAUCUUGUCCUUAUAUCGUUUAGCCUUAGAACGACGGUCGUUAGUAUAAUUAGUGUUUGUAAGUACAUAUUUAACAAACGAUAUAUAUAUAUUAUAUAUAAUAAUCGUA